CUCUUUCCUUCGUUGUACUGUGCCACCCAGAAUCACACAACAUCGCGGCUUGGCUGUGAAGACGCCACAGGACAUGACUAUGGAGCUCGAACACAAGCGUUCUCAGAGCGGAGAGGCGGACCGUAGCGAACUUUCUGGUGUUUAUUACUUCGCGGUCCCUGUGCAGCAGUUGAUGCCUUCCAAUCUGCUUAUCCACAACCUCCACCUCGAUCGGCAUCCUUCUAUUGCUACAGGCAUUAUAUAAAAACCCGGAAACAAUGUCUUCCGAACUUCACAACUCUGCCAAUGACGAGCCUAGAAGCCAAGUGGUCGAUCAGGCGCCUGCUCCAGCAAUCACACCUACGGCGCCAACAGAUGCUAUCCAAGAGCUUUCACGGAGCAUGACAGAUUCUACACAGAUUGCCAAGGAUGAUACCAUGGUCACUAUCAAUAGUGCCGACCCACUGGAUCUUGGCAAGCACCGCCGAUCAAACCUGACCCAGGCACAGAUGAAGGCAGAUUACCCUCAGGCCAACAAGAAGCGCAUGAAGAAAUUCUACACAAGGCAGAACCAACUGAUUGACCAGUUCCUCCAGAGUGGAGAUGAGGAGCGUUUGGCCGCAUUAGAUACUGUCGAGAACGGACCGAAAGUGAGGUUCGCUGUGAACGCUUCCUUCGUUGUCAACUUUCUCCUUUUCAUCAUCCAGAUGUACGCCGCGAUCUCUACAGGGUCUCUGUCUCUGUUUGCAACCGCAGCAGAUGCUUUCAUGGAUCUUGUGUCGUCGUGCGUCAUGCUGGUCACCAGUAGGAUGGCAGCACGGCCAAGCAUUUACAAGUAUCCCGUCGGUCGUACCAGGAUAGAGACCAUCGGAAUCAUUAUGUUCUGCUGUUUGAUGACUACCGUUGCUAUUCAGCUGAUUAUUGAGUCUGGGAGAGCAUUAGGUGCUGGUGCUAGGGAUUCCGAGGAGCUUCACAUUAUACCUAUCGCAUUCGUGGCAACAGCUAUCUUCGCGAAGGGCUCGCUAUGUGUUUACUGCUUCAUCUACCGUCGCUACCCUUCAGUACAUGUCUUCUUCAUUGACCACCGCAAUGACAUCGUCGUCAACGCCUUCGGUCUUGCCAUGUCUAUUGUUGGAAGCCGUGUCGUCUGGUACGUCGAUCCUAUCGGUGCUAUCUUGAUCGGUCUCUUGAUCCUUGUCUCCUGGGCCGCGAACGCAUUCGACCACGUCUGGCUUCUUGUUGGCAAGUCGGCACCAAAGGAAUUCUUGGCCAAGCUGGCAUACUUGGUAGUCACACAUGACAAUCGCAUCGAGAAGAUCGAUACUUGCCGCGCCUACCACGCUGGGCAGAAGUACUACGUCGAAGUCGACAUCGUCAUGGACGAGAGCUUGCCCCUCAAGGUCACUCACGACGUUAGCCAAACCCUGCAGCGUAAGCUCGAGGGUCUCGCGGAUGUGGAACGAGCCUACGUCCAUGUCGAUUACGAGAACGAACACGACAUCAAGGAGGAGCAUAAGCCGCUCUACGAAGUAACACAGCAGCGAUCGAUCAAAGAGCGUGUCAAAAGCCUGAAAUCUGUUUUCAAGAAGGGUACCACAACUUGAAAGUCACUUCCUCCCAAACGGCGCGUCAGCGACGCUCAACUAAGAUGAAGCUCUGCUGGCAAGUCCUCGCUUCUCAAAUAAUGCUUGAUUUCUAGUUAGUUCGUGCCGACGGAGGCAUUCACAGAUACCCAGCGCGGUCCAAGACUGGCAGCUUUAGAAUGUAUGAAAACGAUU